AUGGCGGUUAGCUCCUUUGCCCGCAUGCUCAAGGGCCAAGUGCGAUGCUACUCCGCACCGCUGGACAUGGCCAUUCCGCCCUCCAAGCAGCGCUACAUCCCCACCUCCGGCACGUAUCCCCAGGGCUUCCUGGUGUCCGGCACCCAUGUCGGUGUCAAGGCCUCCAACACGCGUUUCCCCGAUCUCGCGCUGAUCGCUUCGGAGACCCCGUGCUCUGCCGCCGCCGUCUUCACCACGAACAAGUUCCAAGCCGCGCCGGUGCAGGUGAGCAGGGAAACGCUGCGCACUCGCAAGGGAGAGGGCAUCCGGGCUGUCGUCAUCAACUCUGGCUGCGCCAAUGCUGUGACUGGAAAGGGUGGUCUGGAGGAUGCUGUCCAGAUGGGUCGCACAGUGGACCAGUGCAAUGGUGUCGAGAAUGAUAGCUCGCUGGUAAUGAGCACCGGUGUCAUUGGACAGCGCCUGCCCAUCAGCAAGAUCAUUGACCUCAUUCCCACCGCAUACUCUAACCUCGCCUCCUCGCACGAGGCCUGGCUCACCACCGCCCGUGCUAUCUGCACCACCGAUACCUUCCCCAAGCUUCUCUCGCGCGAAUUCACCCUGCCUUCCUCCCCGGGCCGCACCUACCGUCUUGCCGGUAUGACCAAGGGUGCUGGUAUGAUCCACCCCAACAUGGCCACUCUACUGGGUGUUCUGUGCACCGACGCCGCCAUUGAACCCGCCGCUCUGCGAUCCCUCCUCAAGCACGCCGUGUCCCGCUCCUUCAACUCCAUCUCCAUCGACGGUGACACCAGUACUAAUGACACCAUCGCCGUGCUGGCCAACGGAGCGGCCGGUGGAAACACCGUGCCCGCUUCCGAGUCCAACGAGGACUACAAGGCGCUGCAGACUGUUCUGACCGACUUUGCCCAGGAGCUUUCGCAGCUCGUCGUCCGUGACGGUGAGGGCGCUACCAAGUUCGUGACUGUCCGCGUGCGCAACUCGCCCGACUACGAGUCCGCCCGCCUGAUUGCUUCUACCAUUGCCCGCUCUCCUCUGGUCAAGACUGCUCUCUACGGCCGGGAUGCCAACUGGGGCCGUAUCCUCUGCGCUGUCGGAUACACUCAGGGUGUUCGUGACGGUACCGUUGUUCCUGAGCGUACCUCUGUGAGCUUCCGCCCUGUGGACGGUAGCCCUAUCCUGAAGCUGCUGGUCAACGGCGAGCCCGAGACUGUAGAUGAGGAGCGUGCUAGUGCCAUUCUGCAGAACGAGGACCUGGAGAUUGAGAUCGACCUUGGUGGUGGUGAGAAGGGCGAUGCUGGCCGUGGUGGUGAGGAUGCAGUUUACUGGUUCUGCGAUUUCAGCCACGAGUACGUGACUAUCAACGGUGAUUACCGCACAUAG